CGUGAAGCUGUUACGUUCUUGGUAGUAUGAUAAUAUGAGAAUCGGCAAAAAACUAAAUAGAGCUAGUAUAAAUAGUAAGCCGUCUUUGGCUAAGUUAAGUUUCGUUCGGAGAUCCAUCAACAUGUUGUAUGUAAAAUCUGUGGUAUUGCUUCUUGUCAUCGCUGUCUUUGAAUGUAGAGCUGGUCGACUCGACUAUGAUUCGCAAGGAUCCGGAUGGCAGUCUGGCUCAGCCUCUGGAUGGGACGACUCGGCCUGGGGCGGAUUCCGUUCCGGAGGUGAUCCUGGCAGAUCUGCCUCCUGGGGAUCCUCUGGAAGUGCUGCCAGAUCCGGAUGCGCCGGCUCCAGGUCUUCAGGUUGGAGCAGUAACCCUCAAUAUCAAAACGCCUGGUAGACACUCUUUACAGAACGACUCCAAGCAUCAACGGAAAUGUUGCCUGUAAUAUUAGUGAAGUAAUGCAAU